GAAGCGGCGGCUUCAGUCGGCCGCGAACCUCCGCCGCAGAACGGUCCCCCAUCGUCCGGAUCGACGACAGUCUGGUUAGACCCUAACGACACGAUAUCUUAAUUGAUCUUAAAAAGAAAAAGAGACGAAGGGUGUGAAAUCGGACCAGCCGAUUUUUUUUCUCCCGCGCGACUUCGCGGAUCUGACGAAACCGGUGAUUACCAAUGUGUGAAAUCGGAAGAGAGGCGAGGUUCAAGGAACGAGAAUGAGGACGAUCCUGCAUGCAUAUUGCAAAUUCUGUAUCGAGCACCUCGGCGAAUAAACGACGUGCGGAGUAGACAUGUGGAAGUGUUGGGCCCUGUUUCUGUGCGUCGCAGGUUUAUCCUCGGCCGUUCUGAAGUCGUCGAACUCUGAUAUUAGUCCUUUGACUAAUCAAUCCAUAACACUGCGACAGUAUGAACCCGUGAGACGAUUCGCCUGUCCCGUGGGAUUCUUUCGACUGAAGCGAUUUUGUUAUUAUCUGAGCGCCGGCACGGCACCAUGGAGAGACGCGUACUUUCACUGCAAGGACAGAAAUGCUACUCUGGCGAUAUUGGACAGAAAUGGAAAGGACAAGAUGCUGAGGAAGUACCUGAUGGGGGAUCAGUUCACGAAACUGGAACGGUGGAUCGGCGGAAUUUUCAACUGGCAACAGAUGGCCUGGGAGUGGGGUGUAACAGGUGAAAAGAUGGUUUUCCAGAGUUUCGGGAAAAUGGAGCCCGGGAGAUCUAAGAAGUACGCGUGGCAUUGUAUAAUAAUGGAUCCCGCGUUGAAAUAUAAGUGGAGUGCAAGAAGUUGUGUGGAACGAAAGCAUUAUAUAUGCGAAGUGCCCGCCGGUCGUUUAGCCAGAAGACGCAAGAAGUCGGACCCCUUCGCGCCGCAAAACCAAAGAUUAAAGCCCAGAAAGAAGGGCAAGAAGUAUUUAGACGAACAGAGGAAACAGGGUGAAAGGAAGAAGAAUCGCGGUAAUUCGAGAAGAAAUUGGUUAGAUCAGGGAGAGAAUCAACAAUGGGCCCAUGGUGUUAAACUGGGAUCGCGACCACCUUCUAACGUGAAGAUGAUGCAGCCUAAAGAGCGCACGCGGCAUCGCUCGAAUAGAACCCGUGUGCAAUCAGCUGCGCCAAGGGUUGCCCAAGUAUUGCCCCAAGGUCGAGAAUACGGCGCUUUUCUAGCCAACGGGCAUCAAUCCCAGAAUUUAGCGGAUAUGAACAACGUUCUCACGCAGUUUCAUAAUAAAAUAAACGACUUCGCGCGGGAAGAGGUUUUGUUGAAGCCGUGAAAGAAAAACUUGAAUCAUUAUAUCGAUAUAAUUAGUUAUAAUUGCAGCCUCGACUUAUUACUGCUCUGUUAUAUAAUAUACACCAGCUAAGAGAAAAAACACCAUUUAAAGGAUAAACUUUUACUACAACGACACUGUUAAACUGCCAACGUUAUUUUACUAUAAUACAUAUUAUUUAUGACCGUUGUUGUAAAAAUUAAUUUUGCAAGAUCGUAAGAAAAUUAUUUUAUGACUAAAAUUAAUCUCGAAAUAAAUUCUUCAAGAGAUUCAUCUGUCUGCACUGGCGCUGUUAGCUAUAAAUUUUUGGGGGAGACUUUGGAAACUAAAAAAAAACAUAAAUAAAUAAAAAAUAAAAAAAUACAGUUUAAAAAACUUGUUAGGAUUUUAAGGUUACACAUGUAAGCAUUAAUUAUUAUCAUGUACUUGCGGAUAUAUUUAGGGGAACGCAUCCUCCUCCCUUCCACCCCGACUAACGGCGCCCGUGGUCUGAAUAUUCAAAGUUUCUGAAUAGAUCUAUUGAUGUUAAUGAUGAGAUCUAAUUAAUGAUCCGAAUAUUAUAGCCACCGCAUUUACUGACGUCUAAAUAGUCUCCGUGUACUUAUCUAUAUCGCGUAAUAUCAUUAAGGAAAAUUAAUCAUCUCUCUAGAACUAUCUUCUUCUAGUUCAAUAAUUAUUUUGCUAAGCAAUAUCUUGCACGAUUAAUUAACUGUAACGCGUGUAAGAGUUCAUGUAUCGAUAAAAAUAUCUCACGUUGUGGACACUUGUCACAAUUUCGCGCGCGGCAGAUCACGACACGCGAAUUAAAUAAGCAAUAAAUUAUAAUCCUACAAUAAUUAAUCAAAAUGUAUCAGCGAUAUUAGUUUAUAUCGCUAAUCAUAUAGUGCAUAGUUUUUAUAAAUGAAUUGCAGUCAGAUCGCAGUUAGUUAGUCAAAAAGCUGGACGGAACUCUUUGUGUGGUAUCUUUAUUUUUUUAUCCAUUCGUGUGUUCGUUAAUUUUUCAUCUCUCGCUUCGUCUGUACAUAUAUCAACAUAAGAUCGAUAUACUCUCUGUAUUUAACGAUGUAUAAUAAAAUACUGAUAUAUCAAU